CCGAGUUUUUAUCGACUGGGCACAGCAGGCGCUCUAUUUUUUGGACAAAAUGCCAGUUUGUAAAAACAAUCCGAAACUUUCGGAAAAACAAUCAAUGGAUCAAGCGCGAAGUGAAAAUUGGAAAAAUUUGUGUUUAAUUGUUUUAAGUGCAGUUGCUAGCAUAGCCGUUUAUUCAUUAUACGUUCAGAACAGUUAUCAGGCGAAUCAAAUUAACGAUUUACAAAGCAAUUUCGGAGAACUGCUGAAUCACUUCUUCUCAUCCAGCAAGCUUGAAACAACUACAGAUCCGAAGACUACACAGUUAGCGAAACUCAAUUUCCGAGAUCAAGUAUUUACGGAAAUUCAGGAAGCAAGAAAAGUUAUUGAUGUACUUCAGCAUCGGGUUAAUUUUUUGGAGAAAAUAAAUUAUGACAAGUUUGGAAGAACAGACUACGCUUCUUCGGAUCUUGGUGGCAAAGUGAUCAGCGUUAGUUCAAAUCAGCGUGGGUCCAGCAUAUGGAAUUUUAUUGAACGAAAGUUAUUUAUUGGUCGUUUUAGAAAGUCAAACGUACAUUGUUGCAUAAUUCAAAACAAUUGCAUGGGCUAUUGUCAAGCUUUCUAUGGAUCGUCAGCUGUUAUAGUGAUUCAACUUAUGGCAAAUUUGUUUAUUGAUGGUGUUACCGUGGAGCACACACCUAAUAAUGCAGUUCCAGACGCGUUAAGCAGGAGCGCGAUGAAAAAGUUCUCAAUCUGGGUAUUUUUAAAUGGUUCCAGUUCUUCUGUUGAGACAACAGAUCUUCGAAGCCGUUUCCAUACGUCAGAAUCGUAGUAAUGACGAAUCACGGAGCAGACUAUACUUGCAUUUACAGG